UAUAAAUGGACAAUCUGCUGUCUGUGUGGAUCAUUUGGUGUCAGACCUUUCGACCUGCAUUGCAAAGGAGUUGUGUUUCUUUUUGUCAAGGUUGUUGCUUUCUGAAGGGCGUUCUGUGAGGAGCUUCUGAGUGUUUGGCAGCCUCUGUGGGUGUGUUUUAUAUCAGACAGCUAUGAGUGGUAAAUACAGUGUGGUGUUACAGGGUCCAGCCCCAUGGGGCUUCAGACUGCAGGGGGGGAAAGACUUCAACAUGCCUCUCUCCAUUUCACGGCUGUCGGAUGGAGGAAAGGCUGCUAAAGCAGGAGUGGCUGUGGGAGAUCUGGUCCUGUCCAUCGACGGCAUCAGCACUGACGGCAUGAACCACCUCGAGGCUCAGAAUAAGAUCAAAUCCAGCUCAGGCAAACUCAACCUCUCCUUACAGAAAGCUUCCAGUCUUCCAAAACCAGAUGUGGCACCAAAGGAUGAUUCUGUGGAAAUCAUCAAACCCGUUCCCAUGACAACCUCCAUUCCAUCUUCCUCUGACAUCACAAACUCCACCCACAUCACUUCAUCCUCCAAUAGGAGCGCUCGUCCGUUUGGAGGGGCGGGGUCACCACACAUAGCCUGCAUUCCAUCUGCCGCGUCUGCUUUUGCACCCGCCUCCUCGGCUCAAAACCCUAAUCCACAGGCUCCGCCCACUCCUACUGAUGAUUCACCCAAUCAUCUACCGGCGGUGCCCCGCCCUUCAGUGUAUAACACACCCAUCAAUCUCUACUCCAAUGAGAAUGCCUGUGAGGUUGCCAUGGGCCAGAGGCGGGGCCUGCUGGAAAGCCAGGGUGAAAGCUCUCAGCUGAAUGGACUUCCUCGUAAACCUAUCACAGAGACAGACAUUGAGUUUUACCACAUCCCGACUCACGGUGAUGCCAGCAGGAAACGCCUCAUGGAGGACACAGAGGACUGGCACCCACGGACAGGAACUUCACAAUCCCGCUCGUUCCGUAUCCUGGCCCAAAUCACCGGCACUGAAUCUGAUCGCUCACAGGAGGCUGAGUCAGCGAAGAAGACAACAAAUGACGAGCUGGAUGAUUCUCAGCCCAGCGCUCAUGUCACCUGUCCCAUAAAGACCAUGAUCAAAGCCCCGGGAACGCCUGUCAGAAGCACAGCAGGUCUCAUCACUCCCACUUUUGGUGUCAUGAGCAGCAGUACUCCUUUAGGCCCCGCCUUGGACCAGCCCAUGCCCCGCCCACAUCCCAAAGACGAAGCCUCAUUGGUCCAGAUGGCAGAACACAUCCCUGCUGGAACACGCACUCCUGUGUGUGCUCACUGCGACAUGAUCAUCAGGGGGCCGUUCCUGAUGGCGAUGGGGAAAUCGUGGCACCCCGAGGAGUUCAUGUGCGCUCACUGCAGUGUGUCUCUGAGCGAGCUGGGUUUUGUGGAGGAACAGGGCUCUGUUUACUGCCAGCACUGCUAUGAGGAGUUCUUCGCCCCGACCUGUGCGCGCUGCCAGUACAAAAUCCUGGGGGAAGUGAUCAAUGCACUCAAGCAAACCUGGCAUGUGUAUUGUUUCCUGUGUGCAUCUUGCCAGCAACCGAUAAGAAACGAUACUUUUCAUCUUGAGGAUGGAGAGCCGUACUGCGAGAGAGAUUACUACAAUCUGUUUGGGACGGGCUGCCGUGGUUGUGAUUUCCCGAUAGAAGCAGGAGACAAGUUUCUGGAGGCCCUGGGCGGCACCUGGCACGACACCUGCUUCGUGUGCUCAGUGUGCAGCGUCAGUCUGGAGGGUCAGACGUUCUUCUCCAAAAAGGACAAACCACUUUGCAAGAAACAUGCUCACACUCUCAAAAUAUAAAUGCACAGUGAAAACAACUGUUGAAGUACAAGAAAAAAAUUAAAUAACACAUAUUUACAAAGAUAUAAAUGACACGUACUCAAAGGAAAUGCAAUUCUGAUGUGGUUUGAAUGAAGGAGGGUGUUAGAGGAUGUGGUUAUGUGUGAACAGCACUUUGGAAACUUAUGUUAGUAUUAUUUGAUCAAAUUAAAGAAGUAUCUUUUCUUUUUCUUCACCCCAAAAUGUCAUCAUUUAUUCGCCCUCAAGUUCCAAUCCAGCUUCUUUCUUCUGUUGAGCAUAAAAUAAGAUAUGUGUAAAAUAAAAAUGUGCUUAACCAAAGAGUUGCUGGUCCCCAUUGACUUAAAAAUACUAUGGAAGUCAUUGGGGACCAUCAAAUGUUUAGUUAUCAACAUUCUUUAAAAUAUCUUCUUUUGUGUUUGACAGAAGAAAGAAACUGGACUGGAACUUGAGUAAAUGAUGACAGAAUUUUUAUGUUUGGGUGAAGAACUAUCCCUUUAAUCUCCUCACUACACUGAGAAUUGUGUAUUAUUUAAUAAAAUAAGGACCAAACAAUUGGAAUGAGAAAAUUCUGAAGAAAUGCACAUUAAGUGAUCUGACAUAAAAUGCUGCAGUGAUGUUUUUUUGUAGUUCAGCGAGGAAGUUCGUAUCAUCCUGCUUUCCUUGACAAAAACCAAUAGGAUUUUUCCAUUGGAUUUGGAUUAUUGGAGUACAGUGAUGUUUUAGUGCCACUUUAAAAAAUAAAGUCAAAGUACUACGAGAAUAAAGUCCAAAUGUUUCGAGAAUAAAAUCGAAAUUAUGUUUCGAGAAUAAAGUCGAAAUGUUUAGAGAAUAAAGUUAAAAUAUUUUGAGAAUAAAGUCAAAAUUAUGAGAAUUUGUAGCAAUUACGAGAUUAAAGUUAUAAUAUUUUGAGACUAUAUUAGCCUAUUGUGCAUGCAAAUGGCCCGGAUUGGGAGCACUGGGAGAUAUUCCAAAGUCUCAGCUUUCAAAAUCUCUCAGUUUUAUAGCGAAAUACAAACAAUAUGUCUUACAAUAAUGUUUUUCACACUCUUUAAUGUGACGUGACAUGACAGAUCGCUGUAUUCGCUUCAGUUUAAGCGGCAGGUGAGUCAAUCAUCUUUCCGAUUACAGUAAGACAUUCGUUUCAUUAAAUUAGGCUAUACUGUUUUUUUUUUUUUCAAUCUGUCGUGCCACAUUAAAGAUCUUGAAAAACACAUUACUGUAAAUACUGUUUGUAUUUCGCUAUAAAACUGAUUUUGAAAGCUUUGUUUUAUAUUAAAAGUACCAAAAGCACAAGAGGGCUGGCGCACUAUAAUGCAAUCGGAGACAUGAAAUAUUAUUUCCGAGCAUACUGUCCCCGCGAGUAUGACACAUGGUAUGAUUUCUGCUAAUAAUCCCACAUAUAUUUGUAGUGUAUUAAAAAGGGUUAAAUAAGAGAGCUAGGACACCCCCCAAAGGAAUGUUGAUUGGGUGUGUGUGUGAGCUGAUGUUAAGAUAAAAGUUGUUCCUGUUGAGUCUGUUAAUAACUAUCAUAUUCUUGAUAUUAGGCUGUUUCCACGAGUCCUUAAAAUGUACUCUUCCUCAUCCCAGUAAGAUGAUGCAGCCGUUCGGACACAACAAUAUUCAAAUAAUUUCCGGUGGCUUGGCAGCUUCUCCCGGUGUCCUCAAUCCGGGUCAUUUGCAUGCGCAAUGCAGCCUAUAUUCUCAAAAUAUUAUAACUUUAAUUUCUACAAUUUAAAUUCUCUAAACAUUUCAACUUUAUUCUCAUAAUUUUGGAUUUUUUAUUUUUUAACGUGACACUAAAACGCCGUCCUAAUUGGAGAAAUUAAGCGCAGUGACUGACAAAAGUUUAUGAUUCUUGCACAUUUAUUCAUCAAGAUGAUCUUCACAAAUGAACACAACUUUUGAAGGCCUAAACACACCGUUGCCAGUAAGUUACUGUAAUUAAGAUUUACAGUAGCAAACUGUACUGUCCAAUUCAUCAGUAUACUACUGUAAUUCAUUCAUUUUAAUAUAGAUUUCAUUAGAUUUGAUAAUUUUUUAUAUAGAAUUCAUUUUAUUUUUACUCUACAUGGGUACUACUGGCAUUCAAUUAAAACAGACACAAUAAUGACAAAAUAUCAAAUUCUUUAUUUAAAACAGUGCAUGUAUAACACUUAAAAAUACAGUCUUCCAAUGCUGGAACAGUGCAUCUUCACAAUUUCUCCUGUCUUAGGAUGUUUUGCAGUGCAUUAUGUUAUAUCCUCUGGAUUUAUCAUUACAAAGAAUCUUUAGGCAACAGAAACAUAAUGGGGAAAAAGACAAGCAGCCAAAGAAUACAUAGCUGUCUGCAAAACCCAGGUGCUGCUCCAAAACGUGGCCUCCACCUUUGCUCACCCUCCACUUUGUUAGUGACAGAAAUGUCUUCUCUGAAAAACAAGCCUUUUCCAAACCACACAUUUUGUGUUUCACAGUAUAAGGAAAUUAUAUGCAUUUGUAAACAUGAAUUGAAGGGAAAUGUAUUUAUUUCUAUGCGAUAGUGGGCAACUCUGCUUUUACUAUAUUGUGUGAAAUGCUUGUUUUAAUGCCUGUUUUAUGUAUUUUUUAUUUUGUUAAUGAUAAUGAAAUAUUAGAUUUGCACUUUCUAUAAUUUCUGUUUUUGUAAAACUUUAAAAACUCCUGUUUGCUUUUAUACUAGUUUUAAUAAAAAUCGAAU